UCAACAGCCAACACUAUUCUGCACUGUAAAGUAUUUUCGUUCAAUAAACACCAAAUUCCUUUCGUUUCCCUCUAUCUCUUGCGCAGUGCCAAAACUUCCUCUGCUCCGUCUCUUUCGGGCACUUUCUCUCUCUAACUGGAGAUGAAGGAAUAAGAGAUUGGACCGGAGUUGGUAAUUGUUGGUUUGUGAUAAAUUGCUGGACUAAGAGAUCAGGAGAAACCAUGGCAUAUGACGUGCCCAUUUUCAUAUUUAUAGAGAAAUUACAGAAGCUGCAACUGCUUGCAGAUGACAGAUUUUUGUUUGCACCACUGAGAAAUAAGAUGGAUAAAAUCGCAAAUGAGCUACAACAGAUUUCGACCUUCCUUGAACAAGACAAUGCUGAUACCAAAACUUUGAUGGAUCACCUUCUUCCCAUUCUUAACUCUGCAGAAUCUAUCAUUGAGAGUUUCCUCCUAAAGACAACACGCAGGAGGCACACCAAAAUGCCCUUAAUGGUGUACGCACCAUGGAGCCAAGUGCAGUUGAGCUGCAAACUGAAGGAAAUCGAAAAGAAAAUCAGAGCUGUAUCCAUUGAAUUUAGAAAAGUGGACACAACAGUCGAUUCGAUUCCUCAAGAUUUGGGACUUGAUAAAAGGCACAGCAACUUUGUCCGGCACCAUUAUGAUGAAACGCCGGAUCUACUUGUUGGACGUGGAGACACCGAAAAUCAAUUGGCGGGUCGACUUAUCGACAAUGAAGAGCAAAACCUCAGAGUCCUUUCACUAGUCAGCAAAGAAUCACUUGGGAAGACUGCUCUGGCUAAGAAGGUUUACAACAGACUAGACGUUCGGCAGCAUUUCCCAUGCCGUGUGUGGGUCCAUGAUCCGGAAGACUUCACAUAUACGGAUCUAUUGCUUAUCAUAAUUGCACAACUUCCCAUAGGCGUAGUGAAGGACGUCGAGCUCAUGAACGAAGACCAACUAUCUGACAUGCUGUUCCAAUAUUUCAUGGAGGUCAAGUUUCUGAUGGUCUUGGAUAACGUACCUGGGGUUGAUUUAUGGCACAAGCUUGUCCGUCCCUUUGCAGACUCAGCGAACGGAAGUAGGGUCAUGAUCACUACACACAACGCCGAUGUGGCAUCGCAAGCAGACCCAUGGAGUCGUCCAGUGCGUCUGGAGAGUUUAAAUGAGAAGGACAGUUGGGUAUUGUUCUGGAACAAAGUAAAGGUAGGAACACCCGAAGAAAGUGAUCCUGCAAAGGGGCCACAAGAAGACGACCUUUCUGAUCAUAAUCUCAAGGAAAAAAUCUUGAGGAUAUGUCGCGGUUUGCCUCCUGCGAUUGUACUGUUGGGAGGAGUGCUGUCAACCAUGGGAGUGAGUCAGUGGUCAAGUGUAAUUGAUCAUUUGCCCCAUCUCCAUGGUGAAGAUGAUCAUCCAGUACCUCUCUCAAGUAUUUUAUCUUUAAGCUACCGUAAACUACCAUUUGUAUUGAGGCCUUGUUUCCUCUAUUUGGCUCUCUUUCCGAAAAUGUAUGAGAUCCCAAUACGAAGGUUGUUGCACUUGUGGCUUGCCGAGGGGUUCGUUCAAACUUCAACCGAGGCAAGGAGUGAGGUCCCUGAAGAUGUGGCCCAGAUUUAUUUGAAAGAACUAGUGUGCAGAAACAUGAUUGAGAUAUCAAGGAGGAACCCAGACGGAAGCCCAAAAACAUGUCGUUUGCCGUGUUUUCUUCACGACGUCUUUUUGUCAAAAGCGGAGGACGUAGGAUUUCUUCACGUUCACCAUUGCAAGACAGAUUGUACAUAUCCAGAUUCACCCAUUAAUAAUUUCUUUAUCCACAGAUUAGCAGAUCAAUAUUAUGGCGGCUUCAAGUCUACUUCAGAAUCUCAUACCAACCACCUUUGUUCAUACCUUAUGUUUGAAAUUCAAAAGCGUAACACAUCCAACAAAGAAGUCGAGGCGUUACUUAAACGAAUAAUGUAUGGGAGGAAUGUUGCAUUGUUGAAGGUGAUUGAUCUAGAGAGUAUCUACAGACCUGUGCUGCCUGACAAACUGGGUGAGUUGCAAAACCUAACGUACAUAGGCUUGCGAUGGACCUGCCUAUAUUCAUGUCCAGCGUCCAUUGGGGAUCUACCAUGUUUGGAGACUUUAGAUUUGAAGUAUACAAACAUUACCACUUUGCCGAGUUCAAUUUGGAAGGCAAAGAAACUUCGACAUCUCUAUAUGAAUGAGGUGCCAAUUGAAAAGCCAUCAAAAGAGCCUUCGGCCCAUCUUCAGACCUUGGUCGGGCUACAAGUCGGUUCCAACGACCCCAAUCAAUACGGGUUGACCAGGUUGACAAGCCUUAGGAAACUGCGGCUGACGUGCCAUUCACGAUCGGUGAAGGAGACAGUCAAAUGCAUAUCUGGAUUUGGUAACCUUCAAAACUUGAAGUUGAGCUCAAGAGAUUCAUUCGGCCAAGCUUUAAAGAUCGACUUAGACAAUGAAUUCAAGGACCAUUCAUCUCUUUUAAGCUUAUAUUUGUUUGGAGUGAUAAAAGACGACAGUGCUAACCUUCCGCAAAACCUCAAAACCCUUACAUUGUCAAUGUCGCAACUCGAAGAAGCUGAUAUGCAGCAGCUAGGACAAUUGCCGCAGCUGAACAUCCUUAGCCUUUUGGCUCGCUCUUAUUCGGGCAAGAAAAUGGAAUAUUGUCGGGAGACAUUUCCGGAAUUGCGUGUCUUGAAGUUGUGGAAGCUAGAAAAUCUAGAGGAGUGGGGGGUGAAGGAAGGUGGCUUGCCCAAACUUGAAGAAAUGGAAAUUAGAGGUUGUGAAAAACUGAAAAAGUUUGAAGGAUCAGAGCAUUUGCAUGCCCUAAAGGAAUUGGUUUUGACAAACAUGCCAAAGGAUUUUGCAAAAGCUGUUGGGAAAAACUCCAUCAAAGAAAAGUUAGUCACGAAUGAGUGGCGAGUUGAUGAGAAAGUGAAUGAACGAUUGGCUUCCUCCUCAAUGAGAAGUUGAAUGAACGAGCGGUUUCCUCCUCAGUUGUUUGAAUGAUGGUCAUGGAGGCCCGAAUCUGGUACAAAGAGAAAUAUUUGCCCCAGAAUUUUCAAGCUUGCUGUGUCGCGGCCUGUUGUUUAUAGCGUAUACUUAGUAUAUAAGAAUGUAACUUAAUUUUCAGCUUGUUUCUAGUUAUGGUUGAAUAAGUUUGAGCUGCACGGUAACGUGUCGCAGGAUUGAAAAAUGAUGUACUUCCCUAUUUGUGAACUAGUGUCUGAUGGUUCUGUAUGUACAACUUCUUUUUCUUUGCAUUUGGUAUGUACUUUGAAUAAAAACUUGAACAGUACUUUUAUCAUAAGCGAGUACUUUUAUUAGAAAUUUGACCAUUGU